AUGUCGCAGCAGCCAGCACAGGCUCCGGCGCCGGUGAGGCUCAUCACGGCGUUUGGCAGCCCGUUCGCGCACCGGGUGGAGGUGGCGCUGACGCUCAAGGGGGUGCCGUACGAGCUGCUCGUGGAGGACCUAGUCAAGAAGAGCGAGCUGCUGCUCGCCCACAACCCCGUCCACCAGUCGGUCCCCGUCCUCCUCCACGGCGACCGCGCCGUCUGCGAGUCCCUCCUCAUCGUCGAGUACGUCGACGAGUCCUGCCACGACGACGAGGGGUUGCUGCCCCGGCUCCUCCUGGCGGACCCCUACGACCGCGCCACGGCCCGCUUCUGGGCUGACUUCAUCGCCAACAAGUGCUUGAAGCCGCUGUGGCAGGCGAUGUGGACGGACGGCGCGGAGCAGGCGCGGCUGACGAGGGAGACGAAGGAGGGCCUGGCGAUCCUGGACGCGCAGCUCGACGGGAAGCGGUUCUUCGGGGGCGACGCACUCGGCUUCGUCGACCUCGCCGCCUGCACGCUGGCUCACUGGCUCGGCGUGCUGGAGGACGUCGCCGGCGUGCGCCUGAUGAACGAUGGCGUUCCCGAUGCCGAGUACCCUGCUCUGCGCCGGUGGGCCAUGGAGUACACUCAGGGUGGCGUAUUGGCCCGCUUGUGGCCCGCUCGGUCCUGGCCUGCUAGAUAA